AUGACGAGUAAGCCAUGGCUCUUAUUUGUUCUGCUUCUAAUCCUCUCUUAUGGCAGAGCAUGCUUCUUCAUAUCUGGUGAUACCCUUUCACCAGGUCACUCUCUUUCUUUUUCAAAGAGCGAGAAUAUAGUAUCUCAAGGUGGCACUUUUGAGCUCGGUUUCUUCAAACCAGGAAGUUCAUUAAAAAUCUACCUGGGCAUAUGGUACAAAAUGUUUGACCAGAAGGACAAUAUUGUUUGGGUAGCAAAUAGAGAAGACCCUCUGUUUGACCUGCCUUCGUCAAGACUUGACCUCUCAGAAGAUGGCAAUCUACUCCUGUUUGGAGGUUCCUCCAGCAUCCCAUUUAGGUUGACAAAUUUGACCUCUCCCCGCUCAACUGAAGCAGUACUUGGGGAAGAUGGGAAUUUUGUUUUAAGAGAUAGGUCGAAUGCGUCUUCUAUAUUGUGGGAGAGUUUCGACCAUCCGACCGAUACAUGGCUCCCAGGUGCAAAGUUUUGGAUCGAUAAGGUUCCUCGAAAACAACAGCAACUUGUUUCAUGGAAAAAUUCAGAAGAUCCAGCACCUGGUGUGUUUUCGGUGGGGAAAACUGCAGCUAUGGACGUGGUUGUUUGGCCCUUUGGUGUGGAAAUCAUUUUGGUCUGUACCGUGGAUGUCUAUGGUUUGUGUGGUGGAUUUGGCGUGUAUCGUGGGAAUUCCUCAAUCCCCUGUGAAUGUCUAAAAGGCUUUGAACCAUUUUCGAUGAACUACACCAGACUAAAUGAUUGGUCGGGUGGCUGUGUGAGGAAAUCUCCUUUGCAAUGUGAGAAUAAUACGUAUAGUAAUGGGACAAAAGAUUGGUUCAUGAAAAUGCCAAACGUGAGAUUGCCUGUUAAUUCGAAAGCAUAUAAUUGGGCAGCGAGUGCUAGGAUUAAUUGUCAAACAGCUUGCAUGAAUAAUUGCUCUUGCACAGCUUAUGCUUAUAAUAGGAGUGGGUACUGUAUGAUAUGGGAAGGAGCUAUUUUUAACUUACAGCAACUCUCAGAUGCUGGCGAGACUGGAGAAUAUAUCUAUCUCAAACUUGCUCCUAAUGAGAAUCAAAGUACCAAAGUCAAAAAAUGGAAAGUAUGGGUAGCUGUGCUGGUCCCUUCAAUAGGGCUUAUCUUAUGCCUCUUCAUUUGUUUUUCAAGCAGAGGAAAGCUCAAACACAUAGGACAACCCGAAGACAAGCAAGGAGAAGCCUCGGUAUUUUCAGGAGCUUGCAGCCGAAAUGGGAACUCCAAGUCAGUAAAAUGA